CAGAUCAGUCAAGAAGGUCAAGGUAACUCUGGAGGAGCUGCUGAAAUCCACAGCUCCAGUAGGAGAAUCUGUGCAACUAUCAGUCAUGCACUUCAUCUGAACUUCUACUUGCAGUUUCCCUUAAACCAAUAGGAGAAGAUGUGGAGGAAAGCAGACUUCAAUUUUAUGGCCCAGAAGCGAAACACUAAAAGUGUGGUGUAUAACUGACUUUGCACAUCACCAUGAACGCACCACGCCCAUAAUGAGACUUAGUGGCUGUAGCAUCAAGCUGUGGGGAUGAGUUUCUUCAGCAGGGACACCAAAGCUGGUCAAAGUUAAACUGAGAUGUGCUGGGCAGCAAGGCCUGAAUGGACUAAAUCUCGAACCAAUCUGUGAUUAUUUUUGUAAGACCUUCUACAUCUGGUUGUAUAGAUUCCUUAACUAAUAUUGUCAAACCAAUAAUAUAAACAUCACUUUCUCAUUUCACUGAAAUACCAAGAAUUAAAACAAUCUUUUUGUUGACCCUCACUCCCAAAACCUUCACAGCGUAGCAGAGUUGCAAGAGUGUAUUAGCUGUACUUCCAUCCCCAUCGUGCCUAUAGACCACCCAGACUAUACACAAUGCCUUUCUCUUCAUAUGCACAUGUAGAAGUGUUUUUCUCUAAAACAUUCUCCAGGACGGUUGCCACUGCUAUUGUUAUUUAUGUCUUGGCCAGUAUCCUGAGAAGCUGAAACGUGGGGGAGGUAACCAACUAUCCAGAUAAGAGUUGGAGCAAGGCCGAGUUCAAGUCUGUGUUUCAUGUGAUUUGAAAGAGUUUGUUGUUCCUUGACUCUCAUGAUGGCCACUAUUUCCACGAGGUCCCAACCUUUGCAAAACCGUUUGUACAUCUACAAAGGCCUACCAUGCAACUCGCUGAUGGCUGAUACGUGUUCAGACAGAACUCCCCUCCAUGAGGCGGCCUAUCAAGGCCGACUCCUUCACCUCAUGACUCUCAUUGCUCAGGGCUUCCAGGUAAACACUCUCACCCUGGAUGGAGUCUCCCCUCUUCAUGAGGCAUGCCUCACAGGUCGCUACGCCUGUGCCAAAGUCCUCUUAGACAAUGGUGCAAAUGCUCAGGCAGUGUCAGCAGAUGGCGCCACACCUCUCUUUAACUCCUGCAGCAGUGGAAACGUAGCUUGUGUCAGACUCCUCUUACAGCACGGAGCCUCCGUCCACACCGACCACCAGCUGGCUUCACCCAUCCACCAAGCUGCCAAAAACGGUCACAGAGAGUGUCUGGAGCUGCUGCUGCUGUCGAGCGGAGCCCAGAUUGAUUUGGAGAUACCAGGCGUGGGGACCCCGCUGUACGCCGCCUGCAGGGCUCCGGCAGCGGAGUGUGUGGAGCUGCUGCUGCGUUCAGGUGCAGAUGUUGGCUCUGGAUGUGGGCAGAUCAGCCCUUUGCAUGCUGCGGUUUGUGCUGGAGAAGCAGACAUUGUUAAAUUUCUCCUGGACUUUGGGGCAGACAGAGCCAGCAGGAAUGCAGAGGGAAAAACUCCUCUCGAUCUGUCGGCACCAGACAGUGCGGUUCGAUUUGCUCUGGAGAGGAGAGCUCCCUGCUCUCUGUCUGAGCUUUGCCGUUUCUGCAUUCGCCGCAGUCUUGGGCGACCUCGUCUUCACAGAACCUCCAGCCUCUUCCUUCCUCACAGAAUCAAGAACUUCCUCCUCCAUAAAUGACACAUCUGUUUGCUACAUAGACCUCCAAUCAUCGACUGUCCAGGUAAAAUAGUUACAAAGGAAUAAUAUUCUCAAGACUACAACUGCACAUUUAUGUAUUUUAGGACAAUAUUGCUUUUAAAAUCAUAUUUGAUAUUUAAGCUGUACUCACAGGUUACAUUUUAAAUGACUCAGACUUUGUAUGUUUGUACUUCAAGUAAAUCUGUCUAACAUCCAUUUCUUUACAAAACCUUUAAAAGGUGAACACAGCCAGUUGCAUAUCUGGAUGUUCCCUUUAUUUUCUUUGUUGAACUGUUUUCUGAAGCCUUUGUGGCUCCACAGGGAGCUGUCUGAACGUCAGAUAAAUCACAGUCUGUUGUGGCUCAAGAGAAGAAGCUUGAUAAAAAUGAAAUAAACAUUUUGCUGAGUUUUUAAAAAAGUGAGGCUUUUAGAGUUAUGUUAUAUCUGCAGUGCGGCAUUUUUGUAACAAAGGUUCGUUAAACACCUGAUUCAUCCCAAGAUUGCCCAAGGAAGGAUCUCUGACUAAUCAACAGAUGAGGAAAAUGUAAUCCUUUUAGAUAAACAGCAUUAUUCCUACAAUUUGUUUUCUUUACCCUCAAUAAAAUGUUUCAUAGCUGCCUUUGGCUUCAAUAUAACCUUAUCUCAGCAUACUCGAUGUCUCAACUGACUGCUACUGUACACACAUGCAGUUUCCAAAUUGUACUCAGUACAUCUCAACCAUAAACCAAAUAAAAAUAUUAAACAUAAAGGUCAAGAUCAUGACAAAAGUAAUGUACCAUGUCUGGAUUUUACAGAAUACUGUGAAUUUCACGUACUUGUACUAUCUUACUUUUAAGAACAGGAGUGACAUACAAUCAAAGAUGUCUAAUAAGUCAGGAUUAGUCUUGAUUUCUCACAAUAUUUGUUUAAUUUUGUCAUGUUUUCAUGCACAUAAAAGUGUGAAAUUAGCUUAGAAGAUACAGCAGGAAGGAAGGAAGGAGGGUUUGAACAAAGUCAGGACCCGUAUACCCAAUGACUCCUAAGCCUGAAAGUACUUCCUUACACAUCAUUUUAGGAAAAUUCUUACUUUUACUUCAGCCAGCAUCUUAAGCCUUAAGAGAGCUCCUAAAGUGAUCAAAUAUUGUAUGUAGUGAGAAUUUUAAGUUACCCUAAAAGCAGGUGGAAAGAUGGAUAGAAAGGAGCAGAAUGUUAGUGAUGUGCCAACAGUAGGCACUGCAUGUUGAUGCUGUGUGGCAAUUGAUAAAAUUUUGUAUAGUUUCAUCAUCAUAACUCACUUUUCUCAAUCCAGUUUAGCUUGUAUGAUCGAUUAAUUUCAAUCAACAAAUGUGGAAUGACCUUCAAAAGGACGCUCAUGCUUGAAUCACUUUUUCACACAGUUGUGUAUGUUUGGACUUUCUCCCCUCCUUUAUAAUAAACACCUUCAUUUAAAAACUGCA